AGAAGAGAGAGAAAGAAAGAGAGAGAUAGCCGAGCGCGGAGACAGAGGAGAGAGAAAGAGAGAGAGAGAGAGAGGAGAAGCCGUAAGCCUAGCCGCCUCCUCCUCCUCCUCUCUCGCCGCCCUACGCCUCCCCCCGCUCGAGGAGGGGGAGAGCUCUAGGGUUUCGCGGGCGGCGCCGGCGCCCGGGGGGGUGCGCGUGGGAAGGCCUCGAGAUCUCGCGGCGGCGCCGCCGGGUGUGGGGGUGUGGGGGCGGCGGCGGCGGCGGAGGCGGAGGCGGUCGGUGAGUUCGUUCGUUCGCUCGCUCGCUCGCUCGAUCUCUCGCCGCGGGUGGUGGUGCCAAUCGAGCUGCUUCGCCCCCCGGAUUCGAGGGUUUUGUAAGGGGCCGCCCCUCAUCCGUGGCGGCCGUGGAAUAAUAAGCUGGGCCUCCUCCCCCUCCUUGAGGGGUUAGGGUUAGGUUUUUGAGGAAUUGCGGGUGGAUUUUCUUUGGUCCGGCCUGACGCGUGAGGGGGGUUUGCGCGCAAUGAUGGGGAAGACGCAGAAGUUCUCCAAGGGGCACCCGCUCGGCUUCGUGCCGGAUUACCGGCACGGCGUGGAGACGGUGGGGGAGUCGAAGGGCUGUAUCGGGAGCCCGGAGCGGAUCGUAUCGGGGAGCUCGUGUGCUGUGCCGAAGAGGAAAUGCGGAAUCCUGAAGACAGAGGAUGGAGGGGAGCUUCCGGGGUUCAAUGUGCCGCGGGACGUCUUCAUGCUGCCGAGGAUGUCGCCUUCGGAUAAAAAGGACCUCGAGAUGAGGCUCCGCAAGGAGCUUGAGCAGGUUAAGGCCCUACAGAGUAGGCUGUUUUUGAGGCCGGCUGCGGUGAGCAUGAAUGGCGGGGCGGCGUCAGCUUCUGGAGACGUAGUUGCAAAGAGAAACGAUGCGAAGCUUAAACGGAGCAAUUCAGUGCAGUCUGGCAGAGGAGUGCCACCAUCAGCAGCCACACCUGUGGUCAGGUCUGCAAACUACGCAGAAGCUUUUAAACAAUGUGGCAACCUUCUGAAGAACCUCUUCAAGCAUCAGUGGGCUGGUCCGUUCCUUGCGCCGGUUGAUGUUGUACAGUUGAACAUUCCUGAUUAUUUUGACAUAAUCAAGAAGCCAAUGGAUUUGGGUACCAUCGAGAAAAAGUUGAAUGCAGGCAUGUACUCUACACCUUGGGAUUUUGCUGCAGAUGUGAGGCUUACUUUUGACAAUGCCGUGACUUAUAACCCAGUCGGUAAUGACGUGAAUUUAAUGGGCAAAACUUUGAAAUGUAUUUUUGAAACUAGAUGGAAGUUUAUCGAAAAGAAGCUUCCUUCACUAGAUGAUAAAUUCUCUGUGAGAAGAGAGCCAUCACAAAAGGGUGCAGUUAAGAAAGAUACCAUUGAGAAAGAUUACCCUUCUGAGAAAAAGCACUCGACAAAAGGUGUACACAAGAAAGAUAUGUUUAAAAAAGAGGAUGCUUCAACUAAGCCAGCUUUGCAACCAAAGAAGAGAAAAGCUUCUCCCUUGGUUCAGGGUUCUCUUGAAAUACCUGUAGUAGAAGCUGAUAAGGUCAUUGAUGAUGCUCAAGUGGUACAGCCUUCUAAGGUGAUUGAUGAUGCCCAAGUGGUGCAGGCUUUUAAGGUGAUUGAUGAUGCUCAAGUGGUACAGGCUUCUAAGGAGAUUAUGACGGACAGACAAAAGUAUGAGCUAAGCGUAAGACUUCAAUCAUAUGGUGGGUUGAUUCCAAAUCAUGUAGUUGAUUUCAUAAGGAGCCACCUUCCUGAUGAUAAUGAGGGUGAUGAAGAUGAGUUAGAGCUUGACAUGAAUGUCCUAAGUGAUAGUACAUUGUUUGAACUUCAGAAGCUUCUUGAUGACUAUGAUAGGGUAAAUCAGUCAGGAAACCCUACAAAAGAUGAGCAUCGUGAGGUUGAGUUUGAAAGUGAAUAUGGGCUUAGCAACUCAUCGAUGCAUCAUGAAGAAGGUAAUGAGCUCGUUGAAGAAGAUGUUGAUAUUGGUGGGAAUGAUCUUCCACCUUUGACGUAUCCUCCUGCAGUAUUUGAAAGUGAAACUGCAGAAAGAAGCAGCAAGCAUAGCACUUCUAGCAGUUCUAGUAGUGAUUCAGAAUCAUCCUCCAGUGAUUCAGAUUCAAGUAGCUCUUCUGGAAGCGAUCUGGAUGUCAAUGUUCCUCCAUCAACAAGUGGGGCCAAGGACAACACGCAAUCUGCGGUUAGGUUGGAUCAGGAAAACGAUCCACUGAGCUCGACCAAUCUACCACAACAAAGUAGUGAUCCUGUACCUAUUUCUGCCGAAGAUGAGGGGGAGAAUGUGUCUGAGAAACAGGUCCCCCCUGCAAAGCAAUACCGAGCUGCUGUUUUGUUAAACCGCUUUGCUGAUACAAUUUUUAAGGCUCGUGAGAAAACUCUUGAUCAGGUCGCGAAAAAGGAUCCUGAGAAACUUCAACACGACAUGGAGGAGCUUGAAAGGUUACGAAGAGAAGAGAGAGCUCGGAUACAAGCUGAGGCAAAAGCAGCUGAAGAUGCUCGCAAGAGAGCUGAGGCAGCAGCAGCUGCUGAGGCUGCUGCAGAAGCUAAACGCCAAAGAGAACGUGAGAGGGAAGCGGCUCGUAAAGCCUUGCAACAGAUGGAGAAAACUGUAGACAUCAAUGAAGGGAACCUCUUUUUGAAAGAUCUUGAAAUGCUUGGAACUGUUACAUCAGGUGAACAGUUUCCCAGCUCGGUUGGUGAGACGAGUCCAACUCAUACGCCUGAAGGCCUUGGAUUUCAGCUAGGUAGCAACCCUUUAGAACAGCUUGGUUUGUAUAUGAAAAAUGAUGAUGAAGAGGAUGAGGAAGGUGAGUCUGCAGAUGAACCAACGAUUGAUGUUGAGGAGGGCGAAAUAGAUUGACAUCUUAUAGACCAUUUUUGGAUACAUAAGGAGGUCAAGCAUGACUGGGGCGGAUGCUUCUAACGUUUCCUGUCUGCACAGAAAUUUGUGAACUGCACUAAUUUUGGGAGCCAAAUGAUAGGUUGGCAAAUGUGUGUGGGAAACUAGUCCAUCAUGCGUUUCACUAUCAAAUGAAGUGAAAGCUUUCUUGGAAUGAGUUUAUGGCCAGCCAUGAAGUGAUGGUCGUCCGCAAGUGCUUUUCUCGAUCAAAAUAAUGGGUUGUUUUGAGGGCGAUGGUCUUUUUGAUGAGAGAGAGGGAGAGGGGGUGGAGGUUCCAUGGCUUCAACACCUUAUGUGUGAGCCAUUUUUGAGAUAGUCUUUUAGUGGCAUUUGCUGUUGUGAAUGUAAUCUUGGAAACUGUACAAAAAGGAUGACUGAUAGAUGGAAAACAUUGUCCUGAGCUAUCUUGUGCCCAUUCUUUGAGAACUUGAAUGAUUAGUCUGUCUGAACAUUGAGGCGUCUGGUAAGAGUGCCCAUUAUGCA